UCUUGGGGAAAUGUAACCGCCUUCCAAGAUGAGUCGACUCUUGUCUCAGAUUCAAAAACGGCAGGGUAGAGAGAAAAUGCCGGUUGAACGCGGUCGUCAGUCACCGCUGGUGAAGCCGUUGGUAGUGCUGGCUCUGCCGGGGAUGUAUUUACUGUACAAGUAUCGCGAGUACAAACGUGGCAAGGCGGAAUUACAACGUCAGAAGGUUACCGAGAAAGAGCUGGCCCAGCUCAACCAGAAAAUCGAUAAACUACUACUUAAAAUCGACGACAAUGAUGUUGAACCGCAUGCUGCAGCCGUGCCAGACGAUGAGUGUGUGGUCUGUCUGCAGUCCCGGGCCACCAUGCAGACUUACCCGUGCGGACAUAAGGUCGUGUGCCGGAAGUGCUUCGUCAAGACCAUCCAAGUAGCUGUUGCCCAACGUUGCCUUCCACUACGCUGUGUUAUCUGUCGUGAAAAAGUCCUCAAGCUUCGGCAGACGUCGGCACGGUCCAGCGGCGCAAGCUCCAUGGCGUGUACGCCGACACGACCGGACAAGCAAGCCGCAACGCUAAACCUCUGCUCCAUACCAAAGUCACCCAGCAACAAAGUCUCGUUCUGCAAACGAUUGCCAAGGAUUCGCCCUCUUCAAGCCCUCACUCCGCAGAUCGGAUUGAUGGAAGCCAAACCGGGUACCAAAUGACUUCCGUAUGCAAAACGUUCCAUCAGGAUUAUGCAUACAGGCACCUUUUUAGUGCUAAACUGCCUUUUUGCCAGGUUUUCCCGUACAAACUCUACAUGUAUGUAUAGCCUUGCUAUAGAAAAUACAAGUUGCAUCAGCUAGCUUGGAAACUGAACAAGAUGAUAAGACAAGUUACCAUCAUAGACUCGUGUUUAUUUCGGACUAACGUUUGUUCUGAGAAAUAAUACGCCCAUAUUAACUGUACGAUUCAUAUUUUAUUGUAAGAGUAUGCUACAAAUAAGGCACUCGUGUUGCCAUCCCUCAAUCAGAGACAUUGGUGUCCGUACAAUGUGCUGUUAUAUAUGUUUUCGUAUAGGGGAGGAAUCUUGGCUUGAAUUGUAGAUUUAAGUGUUUUUGUUUUUUAUGGUAUUUACGCAGAACGCCUGUGUCUAAUGUUUCGUCAUGCUAUAAUACCACUGCUCCGGGUCUUCCAUGUAAUUUCUUUACUUCCGUUAAACAUUCUAAUAUUUCGAUCCAAAUUCAGAUUCUUACUCUAGAUCUGAUUUCUACGUUCAGCCUUGGUCGCACGUCACUUAUACUCUACAAAACCAAGCGCUCGAGCCCGAUGUCUCUUUAUGGGCUGGUCAAGCGCUCUUGUAUGGUGCAGCCAUCAGUCACUGUGUUACGUCAUGCCAACUCAAAAUUCCUCGUCGACAGGAACAUAUCAAUAUUAAUAUUCCCGUGAGUGUCAGUUUAGAUGCGAUAAAUCAGCCACAUUCACCUUUCCGUUUUCACAGGUGCGACUUCAGUGGGAUGUUACUGAAUUGCUGCUAUUGUAUUGCUUUUCCUAAUGCUUUCGAUCAGUUUAGCGCACAUGGUCUUGUCAUAUGUCAUUGUCAUGUUGCGAGAAAUUAAAGCUGGUCCAUAACAAUAACGGUACAAAGGAAUUAGUCUGAACAUAGGUGCCCGUGCUCGUUCAGUGGUAGCGGUACAAGUUAAGCUAUUAUAGCAGCUAUCCUGUGUCAUCAUUCUUU